AUGCUGAGAUUGAAGCGGCUCACGCAUUCAUGUUGCUCCCGGCUCAGUCCAUUUGUCUGGGGACCCAUGUGCGGAGGCCGCCGCGGGCUUUUGGUGGGAAACAGCAGCAACGGUGUGCAGCCGGUGGCGACCGUAGACUGGAUUGACAUUGUUGGGCGUGACACGUCCAUUGCGAAGAGAAUUGCCGCAGGGGAGCUCUUGGCAAUGAUGGAUUUGUGUGCGAAGCGGGUGGCGGACGUGCAUUUGAGCUCGCUGAGGCCAGGCAUUAGCUGCAGCACUGUGGGGGUGAUGCAUACGAGGUUUUCGUCCCCUGUUCUGCACGGUGACGCUGUUCGGAUGAAUGGCAGGAUUGUGUUUUGCGGCGCCAGUUCACUGGGUGUUUACAUCCGCUUCUUUCGUCAGUCUCCGUCCACGCUUGUGGAGGCGCCAGCAGGGGAGAGUUUUUUUACCAUGGUGGCGAUUGACGCAAAUCUGAAGGCGCUCAAAGUGGUGCCUGCAGUUGAGAUUACAGCGGAGGACGACGUUGCUCUCCACGAGCGCUACCUCUGUUUGCGGCAGAAGACAAAGGAGGAGGAGGCGGCAGCGCGCGCCAUGGCAACUGCGUCUGUCACCGCAGCUACCGUGCAGUGCAGUGUCAAUGAGGCCAAGCCAGUUCAUGUUCCCAUUUCCUCCUCCCGAACGAAGGCGAAUCGCAUUUUUCUCUUUUACCACUUGAAUAAUAACCGUACGAUAUUUGGUGGUGAACUGAUGCGCUGGAUGGAGAGGCACGCGGUCUACUGUGCCAGCGUGUUCACAGGCAACCGCAAUGUGUACACAGUGGGCAUGCACAGUGUGGAGUUUCAGCAUCCUGUGUUAGGCACAGACUGGGUCCAGCUCGAAGCUGACGUCAUAUACGUCCAUAACACGACGAUGGAGGUGGAUGUGAGACUUACGGUGGAGCGUGAGGGACGCAUUGUGCUGACGAAUCGGGCCUCCUUCGUGUUGUUCAACUCCAAUGAGAUUGGACAGAAGAUCACCGUCCCCAAAGGACUGGACCUGCCGGGAGCCUCACGGGAAGAACUGCUACGCUUUGCUCAGGCGAAGGAACGGUACCGGCGUCGUCAGAAUCUCAUAUGA